AUGGCUCCAGCCCGGAGGGACUGCAGCGGCUGGGAGAUGUUCCUCCCGACGGGAUGCCUGCUCCUCUCUGUUAUGCUAUUUCACCCUGCCCUGGCCAAGGUGUGCAACGACCGCACCAAACACGGACAGGACAACAGCUGGUUCACCAGGGACGGGGAAAACUUGCCCAUCAUGGUUCUUAUGCCCAUGAAUGAGUCGGCCCUGAUGAGCAGCAUCAGCCAGGGGAUCGAGCCGGCGGUCCAACUGGCCAUCCAGCACAUACGGGAGUCCAGGAAGUACUCGUUCUCACUCAUCACCAAAAUCUACGACACCGAGUGUGACAACGCCAAGGGGCUGAGGGCCUUCUUUGAUGCCAUAUGCUACGGUCCCAAACACUUGAUGAUCUUCGGCGGUGUCUGCCCCUCUGUGACCUCCAUCAUUGCUGAGUCCUUGGAGGGCUGGAAUCUGGUGCAGUUGUCCUUUGCAGCUACAACUCCAGUUCUGGCCGACAAGAAAAAAUACCCCAACUUCUUUCGCACUGUCCCCUCAGACAACGCUGUGAACCCUGCUGUGGUAAAGUUCCUCAACUACUACAACUGGAGCCGCGUGGGGACACUGACACAGGACGUUCAAAGGUUCUCAGAGGUGAGGAAUGACCUGACUAAUGAGCUGGAGAAAGCAGACAUUCAGAUCGCAGAUACAGAAAGCUUCUCCAACGACCCCUGUGUCAAUGUCAAGAAGCUCAAGGACAACGAUGUGAGAAUCAUCAUCGGCCAGUUUGACGAGAACCUGGCCUCCAAAGUCUUCUGCUGCGCGUAUAACCUGAACAUGUUUGGCAGCAAAUACCAGUGGAUUAUCCCCGGCUGGUACCAGGGCAACUGGUGGGAACAGGCCAACACCACCAACUGCACCACCAAGAAGCUGCUCACGGCCAUGGAGGGAUACAUCAGCGUGGACUUUGAGCCGCUCAGCGCUCGGCAGAUCAAGGGCAUCUCUGGCAGGACCCCUAAGGAGUACGAGAGGGAGUACAGCCGAGAGCUUCAGCAGAAAGGUGUGGAGGCCAGCAAGUUUCACGGCUUUGCCUACGAUGGGAUCUGGGUCAUUGCUAAAACCUUGACUCGAGUGAUGGAACUGCUCCGGAUAAAACAACGGCAGAACACCUAUCACAACUUCACUGUGGAUGACCGCGAAGUGGGCAAAAUGGUGCUGGAUGUCAUGAACGAGACCAACUUCUACGGUGUUACGGGUCAAGUCAUGUUUCGGAAUGGAGAGAGGAUGGGCACUAUAAAAUUCAACCAGUUUCAAGAGGGCCAGGAAGUGAAGGUGGGAGAGUAUAACGCAAUCGCGGAUGUGCUGGACCUUAUCAACAACUCCAUAAGGUUCCAAGGUGUGGAACCUCCCAAGGAUCGUACGUUUGUGCGUCUGCAGCGCCGCCACAUCAACGUGCCCCUCUACAGCAUCCUGUCCACCAUCACCAUACUGGGCAUGCUCAUGGCUGGGGCCUUCUUGUUCUUUAACAUUAAGAACCGCAACCACAGACUAAUCAAGAUGUCAAGUCCUUACAUGAACAACCUGAUCAUCCUAGGAGGGAUGCUGUCCUACGCCUCCAUCUUCCUUUUUGGGCUGGAUGGAGGUUUUGUCUCUGACAAAGAGUUUGAGACCCUCUGCACUGUUCGGACGUGGAUUCUCAUUGUUGGAUACACCACAGCUUUCGGAGCCAUGUUCGCCAAGACUUGGAGGGUGCACGCCAUCUUCAAAAAUGUGAAGAUGAAGAAGAAGAUCAUAAAGGACCAGAAGUUGUUGAUUAUCGUUGGCGGGAUGCUGCUAAUCGACUUAUGCAUCCUCAUUUGCUGGCAGAUUGUGGAUCCACUUAAAAGGACUGUGGAAGAAUACAGCUUGGAGGCGGACCCCCAAGGCCGAGACAUUGCCAUCCGUCCCUUCUUGGAGCACUGUGAGAACACCCAUAUGACCAUUUGGCUGGGCAUCGUCUAUGCCUACAAGGGGCUGCUAAUGCUGUUUGGCUGCUUCUUGGCAUGGGAGACCAGGAACGUGAGCAUCCCCGCCCUCAACGACAGCAAAUACAUCGGGAUGAGUGUGUACAACGUGGGCAUCAUGUGCAUCAUCGGUGCCGCUGUGUCGUUCCUGACCAGAGACCAGCCCAAUGUCCAGUUCUGCAUCGUGGCGCUGGUGAUCAUCUUUUGCAGCACUAUCACGCUCUGUCUGGUCUUCGUUCCCAAGUUAAUCACCAUGAGAACCAACCCAGACGCUGCUACUCAGAACCGGAGGUUAAAGUUCACUCAGAAUCAGAAGAAGGAAGACUCCAAGACCUCCACCUCGGUCACCAGCGUCAACCAGGCUAACACUUCUCGGCUGGACGGGCUUCAAACCGAUAACCACCGCCUCCGCAUGAGGAUAACAGAGUUGGACAAGGAGCUGGAGGAAGUGACCAUGCAGCUGCAGGACACCCCAGAGAAAACUCCUUACAUCAAACAGAACCAUUACCCCGACGCAAACAACAUCCUCAGCAUACGCAACUUCACAGAUGGCAAAGAUGGAGAGAAGUCGAUACUGAAGAACCACCUGGAACAGAAGCCUCAGGCGCAGUGGGGCUCCAUGGAUCCUUCCAGAAUAAACAGAGGUCCCCUGGAGGAUAUCAACUCACCUGAACACAUACAACGUCGACUGUCCUUGCAGCUCCCUAUCCUGCACCAUGCCUACUUACCUUCCAUAGGAGGGGUUGAUGCGAGCUGCACCAGCCCCAGUGGCAGCCCUGGUUCCAGCCCACGGCACAGACACAUGCCCCCCUCCUACCGGGUAAUGGUCUCUGGCCUGUGA